AUGAAUUCACCUUCAGUCACUUUACAGGUCGAUAAUGACUAUGCCUCCCACUCUCCAGCUCCUGCGACACCGGCACUGGACUGGGCUGAGACGCCUCCAACGGCAGAAUACCCGCAGACCCCAGAGGAUGGCUUCGAUUCCGAUGGCGGUAUACCUUUGCCUCCCUCUCCUCUCGCAGGCCGCGAGAACGGUCGAAAGGAACGGCAAAUCACCAUUCUGGAUUGCUCCCAGCUCGACUCAGAUGUAUCCGGACAUUUACUAUCAGACCUACCCAGCCAGGCGAGCCAAAGCAAAUGCCUUUUCAAGAGGAAUCCUCCCAGGGCCACCGUGAUCGCGAAACCUCAACAACAGCACCCUCCAUCAAGAGACGAUGCGCCUGCUGUCGUAGGCCAUCACGCCAGAGUCAGAGCAGAGGAAGGAACGUGUUUGCGAGGUGUCUCGAAGGUCUCUUUCUCAAGCUUAGGCGCAAGUGAUGAAAGAAAUGCUGCUCUAGGCACGAACGCAGCUGGAGUCAGUGUCGCUGCUGUUGUGAGCAGCGUCAAAACUGAAAAUUGUCUCUUCGAAUUCAGCGGAGCAGUCGUCACUGAAGCCCCUACUAAGACCGCCGCAACCAUAACGACAGCUACACCUUCUUCAUACGCGACAAAGAAGCCACCUUUACCGCUCUCAUUCGUGUGGGGAUUGAGUACGACGCUGUCUAAGAUUCUGCCCCUCGAGACCGUCGAAAGAUUACAGGCUGACCCUCUGCGCUGUGUGGCCACAACACCGCAAGGUUCAAGAUGCAAAAAACAGAAUGCGGCAAAACUAAAUGAACAGAUUGCCACUAAAUUAGUCAAAAAGCUCUCAUCUCUCGAGCGACCAUUGAAACCCGAAGCCUUUGCGAAGCGCAUCCUGGCGGUGGUAUAUCAGGCGACCUGUUCGCACCCACACAAGAGGGUUGCCGAGAAGCAUUUGGACAAAUUGUGUUCUUACUCAUGGGAGUGGAGCGAAACCACGGCUGGAGACGCGCACCGGUUCGGGGCAAUUAUGAACAGCGCUGUCAGUAUAUUCCAACUCUGGAUUGGAGCAUUGAUAAACUUUCCAGCAGAUGCCGAAGAUGGAAACAUAUCUGAAAAUCAGGACACUGGCACCGUGCGGCGAAUACUCACCCGAAAUAGUGACCUUGUCGAUGCCCUAGCAACAGCGAGACUGGUUCCUCCUUGCCAUACCACUCUGGAGGACCCGGCAAUUUCACGCCCAAACAUUCGUCCCAACGCAGACAGGAACAUUACCACUCGACAAAGCGCACGGCAAAAGACGGUAACUUCGAACCCCUUGCACCGCUACUUCCAGAAAUUUCCUUGGCCUAAAGAGAAGAUGAAUAUCACUCCCCAGGAAUUGAUCCGCCAAGCUCUCCUCAAGCCCCUGACACCAGGCGAUAUGGACCGAUUCGGAUUCAUAUAUAUCUUCUGGCAGCAAGGCCUGUUUGGGCACGUCAAAAUCGGCUAUUCCAGCGACGUUGACCAACGGCUUCAAAAGUGGAAACGACAAUGCGGGUACGCCGUCGAGCAGCACGAGCCCGGAGAAGCCGGCGUGAGGCAGGGGGUUCCUCACUUACACCGCGUCGAAUCACUGAUUCACGCCGAGCUGAAAGAAUAUCGAGUUUGGGAGCCCUUCUGCACGAAUUGUGGGAAAUCCCAUAAAGAAUGGUUUAAAGUUAAGCUGGACUAUGCAUUGAAGGUGGUGGCAAAAUGGACGAGCAAAUCCCUCUACUUGGAUGGGCGUUUGAAAACCAGCCUCACUCAAGCGGAUAUCGAGAAGCUUUGCGAACUGACUGUGGAUGAAGCACACACCAAGUCACAAAGGUCAACGCGGCAUGUGAAGGUCUCUAACGUGCGUAGUCGUGGCAGUCGGGGUCGAAGGAACGUCGCUCACAAACGAUCAAGUCUCGCGUAG